UUAUUGAAAGAGUAUCUGAGGGAACUGCCGGAGCCUCUGUUGACCAAAUGCCUUUACCAGAUGCUGGUGGAUGCCUUGGCCGUCUGCCUGCCGGACGAUCCGGAGGGCAACGCCAAGCUCAUGUUCUCCAUCCUCGAGUGCCUGCCCAAAGGCAAUCGGACGACGCUGUUCCUACUGAUGGACCAUUUGUGUCUCGUCACGGCCCAGUCCGACCGCAACAAGAUGACUCCGCAGAAUUUGGCCAUCUGCUUCGGACCCGUCCUCAUGUUGCACUCGGACGACGGAUCGAAUCUGUCGUCCGCUUCCACGGGACUCGAUUUCCAGAAACCCAUCGGCGUCUUGAAAUAUUUGCUGCAGAUUUGGCCGAUGAAGUCAGCUCGGGCAGUGGAAGCAGCGGCGACAGCCAACUCGACGCUCCGACGCAUCCAGCAACAGCAGCUGCAGCUGCAGCAGCCAACUGCCUCGGCAGCAGCUCUACAGCUUCAGCUGCAGCAGCAGCAGCCGCAUCAGCCUCCUCAAGUGCCAUCGGUGGUCACGUCGGAUCCGCCAACCCCCUCCACUUCCUCCACAGCCUCCACCAGCAGCAUCAUCAUCAACAACAACAACAGCAACACUUCGGCAGCGGUGGCGUCGGUGGCUCAAGUGGGUCCCACAAUCAAUUCGGCCCAUCUUCUAUCAACCGGCCAUCGGGUUGCUGAUCGCAGGCUGGACCUUCCGCCUUUGCCACCCAGGCCGGCUCCCAAGGUUUUGCAACCAAGAGCCGCCGGUGGAGCAGGAGGGCGAGAGGUAAUAGUCAAAACAGCAAUAGUAUGAAAUCGCCACGUGCCUCAGGUCCUCCAUCCGCAGACGCCAUCGCGCGGGGCGAAGCCGACGGCUCGCCUGCGCCUCUCUCUACCGAUUCAGCAGCCGGAGCUGGAUCUGAAACACCAUCGCUGACCUCGCCAACGUCCACCACAUCAACGACGACGUCUCUUAGUCCAGUUCAACAUCAGCAACAUCAAAUGUCCAGAGCGGAGGCGCAUCGGGCACGAACUGGCUUGCCCCGUAAAGAUCUGGACAGCGAAGACGAGCUGGAGAGCAAUCGUCCCUUGAUGGGCGGGGCCAGAAUGCUCAGCCACAAAGACGAUCCAUCAGCUGGCGCUGGCUUUGUCACCGCCGAUGACACUGACCAGGGUGAAUCUGAUCUAGAGAGUCCGAAUUAAAACACAGUCUGAUCCAACGGAUUACACAACCGAAACAGACUCGGAUGUUUUAUGGAAUAAGGCAUGAGAAAAACAAAACAAAACAAAAAAAAAAAAAAAAGAAAAGAAAAAACGGACCAAUCAGUCAUCUAUUUCUACCCUUUCUCCGUUUCACAGACACCCUCCCCUCGCAUACAGAGAGGCGCACUGCAUAUAGGUUUGGCGUGUCAGUCUCAGGGCUGGUUCAGUAUUCGUCAUCGAUGUUUUACCCGCUUUCGGUGUUUGAACGACUCAAAGACCCAAGGGCGCCACACUGUCCCCCACGUUGUGAGUGAACGAUGGCAGUAAUAAUCGAGUAUUUAUUUAGGUAAUGUACACAGCAGAAUUUCGAAUCAGAUGGAUCUGCAGUUUGGAUAGUUGUGUUUUCUUGUGUUUGUUUGACGUCAGUGUUUCUUCUCAUCAAUCAGCACGAAGCUUUUCUUGGACCGUCCCGUUUUCCUACCACUUUGUAAUCCUGAUCGUUGUUUUCUAACUUCCACUUCUAAAUCUCUAUCAGUCAGAUUUCAAAUGGAUUAGGUGUUGGAAUUUAAUCAUUCAUAUCGAAUUACGAUUUCUUUUUUUUUUCAUUGGAAAUUUUUCCUUGAAUUUCCUGAUUUGUUUUACGUUGUUUGUUUAUUUUUUUUUUGGAAACUGCCAUUUUUAUCAAGAAAAUCAAAUGGAUUUAUCGCUCCGAUUCAGUUGUUUCACUGUCUGUGUUUCACAUCGUUUCGGACAUUAUGCAACCACUCACUGCCAGGUUCGUUCCUCUAUGCUGUGCGGAAAAUGUUAUUUGAUCUCUAAACAAACAAAAAAAUAAUUCCAAGAAAAUAAGGAAACGAAGUAAGUAAGAAAAAAAUUGUUUCUAAACGGCGUGUGUCUCUCACAAAUGAAUCAGAUUAUUUUGCGUUACCUUCCAUACCGACUUGUCUAGCAGUGUUAGUUUUUACAUCAUAACAUUUCUUUCUGUUACAUUUUUUGAAGGAACAAAAAAUCCCGCUGAAACUGUGUGCCAUCUUUCUCCCUCGUGUUGAUAUUGACGUUUUAUCAAAAAUGACAUUUUAAAUUAUUGGAUUCUCUUUGUUUCUCUUCUCGGUGGAAGUAAGAGACUUGAUUGAGCUAGUAUGUGAAUAAUUGCCGUUUGCUGAUCUCAUUAUUAUGGUUGGUCUCACAAGCAAACAAAGCAUUGGUCUUUUCGUGUCUGUUUUUUCUUUCCUGAUGGGUUGGCGUCGGAGCCAAACCAACAGACGCUAUUUAUUUAAAAAAAACUCUUUGUAAAUGAAAGAUGUGUCAGACAUCGGAAGUUCUUUAUCACCUGGUUUCACAUUAGGCCUGUUCAUUCUUUUUUAUAACUAUUAUUUAUGAACAUUUCUUGUCACGCAUUCGCACUUUAUGUGUUUGUUGAAUUGAUUGGGUUAUCGAAAUAGAAAGUAUUGAUCUCGAA